GGUUCGGACGAUCGUCCAGGACCGGGGCCGGGACCGGGGCCGGGGUCGGGCCGGGACCCUGCAAGCGAUCCGAGGCGCCAGGUCGGGAGGUGCCUGACCGCAGGUGCCCCGGCCCGGGAUGCGGUAGACGCGGCCCGCCCGCCCAGCCGGUCCCCGGCGCCGCCCGCCCGCCGCGCAGCCUAUGGCGACCCCGGCCCUGGGGCUGCUUUUGGCGCUCGGCCUGGCGCUGCUGCCCGCCCGACGGGGCCGAGCCUGGGGGCAAAACACGUUCUCUUCCACAGACACGUCCUCUCCCACAAAUGACACCAGCAGCCCUGCCCCCACUGUCCCCAGCCCCAGUGGAGGCCUGUCUCAAGAGGCCACCACCGCCAUCAUCGUGGUCUUCUCUCUCCUGGGUGCCCUGCUUCUGGUUGUGGCGCUCGUCUUGCUGGUUCGGAAACUCCGAGAGAAGAGACAGACGGAGGGCACCUAUCGGCCCAGCAGCGAAGAGCAGUUCUCCCACGCAGCGGAGGCCGGGGCCCCACAGAACUCCAAGGAGCCGAUGCGGGGCUGUCUGCCCAUCUAGGGCCCUUCCCCCCUUCAUCCCCAGCUACCCUUCCUUGCUGUGUGAUCUUGGGGAAACCAAGCACCCUCCCUGACUCACCCAGUACUUAAGAAUAGGAAGGAAGAUGGUGCUUCAAUGACUCUGCCUUUGAGGGCAAGGAAAGGGGUGGCUGCUCACUUUUUAUAUAUUUAUAU